AUGGACCGCCCUCCUUCUCCUUUCCCAGCUGGCCGGCCAGCCAAGCGACAGCGUCGGGCCUCUGACCAGCCAGACAAUGAGGUGUAUGUGCAAGACUAUCAGCCACAGGCAGUUCGCACGGCCAUCGAUCCCGAGAGUCCUGUCAGUCCGGCCGGUCUCCUUACCACGCAGCUCAUAGGGAUUCUCCGUGACAACGUGGACCUCGCUAUGCCUGCCCUCCAGCUUCUGGACCUAUACUUCUGCCUGUGGGACUGCUAUAUCGUCAAGUCCGCCGAGAAGAUAUACUUCGAUGAAGAACAGCAACAAAUUGAAGAGUCGAACGAGUGGCUGGAAGCCGAGAAUGACAUUCUCAUGCAUCGCUGCAAUGCACAAACGCUGAUGUUGUGGGGCCGGGAGCGUGCGCUUCAUGACCUUCAUGCCGGGAUCGCUGCAGUCCUGGAGGCAAGCGGAGAAUGGACCUGUCGCGUCGAGAGGCCUCAAGAAAGAUCUCGACACCCUUUCGAUAUCUUCAUCAGCGUAAACAGUUGGGAACCCAUGUCUCUUGGAAAUGAAAGCCCGAUCUCUCUCUCUCUAUUGUUUAUGAAUAUAUUCAAGGCCUGUGGGCCUCUGCACGUCUCUAUUGCCUCCAGCGAUCUUCACAUCGCCAAGUCCACCAAGGCCCAUCUCUCCCUUCAGGACGGCUCUGACUUCGACCUCGACGUUCACGCCAUCUGGCGAGAGUCGUCUAGUAUACCGACGCCACCUCCUUGCCUUAUCGCGGACCGUGCCAGCAGCGAGCUAGCUUCACUGGAUCUAGCUUCCCUGGAUCUAGUUGAUCCUGCUGGGUACGAAGCUCAGGGGUCCUCCUGGGUGAAAUGCUUCUUCCAACCCAACUGA